GCGGGCCGCGGCGGGCGGGGACUGAAGGGGGCGUGCGGGCUAGCCGGCCGCCGGGGGGUCGCGCGGGUCGCGGGCAUGGCCGAGGCCCGGAAGCGGCGUGAGCUGCUGCCGCUCAUCUACCAGCAUCUGCUGCAGGCCGGCUACGUGCGCGCGGCGCGGGAAGUGAAGGAGCAGAGCGGCCAGAAAAACUUGCUGGCUCAGCCCGUAACCCUCCUGGACAUCUAUACGCACUGGCAACAAACCUCAGAAGUGGGCCAGAAGCGCAAGGCUGAGGAUGAUGCGGCGCUGCUGGCCAAGAAGAACCGCGUGUCAGACCCCGCCAGCAGCUCUGAGAGCUCCGAAGAGGAAGAGGAAGAGGAAGAGGCACCGAGAGCUGCCCCAAGAUUAUCAUUGACCAACUCCUCAGCUGUGCGGACAGUUCUGUCUACAGACUUAAAGGAAAAGACCCCAGCAAAGCCCAAAGCCAGCAAGAUGGGGAACUCCACGGCCCUUCCCACACCAGGGAAGACGGUGGCUCAGCUCCUCUCCGGGAAGUCCCCCAGGAAGUCAUCAGGCCCCUCAGCGGACACCGUCUUGGUCUCAGAAACUGAGGAGGAGGGCAGCGUGCGAGCCGCUGGCACCCCUGGCCCGCCCGGAGUGACAUCAGCAGGCCAAGCCAGCAGCUCCAGUGACGACACUUCCAGUUCCAGUGACGAGACAGACGUGGAGGUGAAACCCUCAGUGAAGGCUCCCCAGGUCAGAGCUUGCCCAGCACCUGUCAAGGAGUCUCCAGGGAAAAAGGCCACCCCUGCCCCUGGGAAGACAGCUGUGACACCCCCGGCCAAGCUGACCGGGGUCAACAGGGCCGUGAAGCAAGAAGUGGACUCUGAGAGCACCGAGGGGUCUGAGAGUGAGGAGGAGGGGGCCCCUGUGGCAGCUCCCAGCCAGGAGAAGGGCGGACAGCCCUUGGAGAAACCUGGCCAGGCCCGAGGCGCCCUGGGAGUGAUGCCUGCCAAGGGGAUGCCAGGAAAAGGAGUCGCGUCAGCAACCCCUGGGAAGCCCGUAUCAGCCACCCCCAGGACCCUGCCCGGGAAGCCAGAGGAGGACUCGGAGAGCAGCAGCAGUGAGGAGUCAGACAGCGAAGAGGGGGCUCCGGCCAGCACGACCCCAGUUCAGGCAAAGCCCUCAGGGAAGCCCACCCAGGUCAGAGCUGUCUCAGCCCUCACCAAGCCAUCUCCUCGGAAAGGGACCCUUCCUGCACCCACCAACAGGGCAGGGCCUGCAGCCAGCCAGUCCCGGGAGGAGGAGGAAGAGGAGGAGGAGGAGGACAGCAGCGGGGAUGAACCGCCCCCCAGGCCAGCUGCAGUCAGAGCAGCCCCGACUCAGGCCAAGUCCUUGGGGAAAAGUCCCCAGAGCAAAGCAACCUCAGCACGGGGCCCCAGCAUGGGGCCCCCAGGGAAGGGAGCUGCCCCCUCCACCUCGGCAGCCCCGGCCGCUACACGCCAGGACGUCUCCGAAAGCAGCAGCAGCAGCAGCGAUGAGACAGAUAGCGACGAGGAGGUGCCCACCCCCGGACCCCCAGCCCAAGUAAAAGCAGCCCUGAAGACACCUCUGACCCAGGUGUCUCCGAGGAAGGGCACCCCCGCGACCCCUGCACCCGCCAAGGGCAGCACUGCGCGAGCAGGCACAUCGGCCUCCCCUGCUCUGGCCAGGGGCCCCCAGAAGCCAGAGGACUCUUCAAGCAGUGAGGAGUCCGAGAGCGAAGAGGAGAUGGCUGUGGCCGUGGGCCAGGCACAAGCUCUGAGGAAGAGCCUCCCCGGCAAAGCCGCCUUGACGCCCACCAAGGCGCCCCCGGGCCAGGGCACCACCUCCACGCUUCCUCAGAAGGCCGGGCCUGCGGCAGCCCCAACCAAAAUGCAGGUGCCCGAAGACUCGACGAGCAGCGAGGACUCAGACAGCGACGAGGCAGUCAGGAUGCCAGCCCAGACGCCAGCCAAGACCCUGCAGACAAAACCCACCCCAACCCCGGCUUCUCCCAGAGCAGCGUUGCCUAAAGGGGCAGCCGCUUCCGGAAAAGUGGUCCCUGCAGCUGCUGCAGCCAAGCAGGGGUCCCCGGCUAAGGCCAAACCCCCCGCCAGAACCCCAGCUGCGGGCAAGGGGGCGGCCGCGGCAGCACAGGCCCGGUCGUCAGCACCCGCUGCGGCCGAGGAGGACUCAGACAGCAGUGAGGAGGACUCGGACAGCAGCGAGGGGCCACCACCUGCUCAGGCCAAGCCCCCAGAGCUGAAUGCCCAGGUUCGAGCUGCCCCCGGCCCCGCCAAGGGGUCUCCCAGGAAAGGGGCCGGCCCCGCCCCCACGGGGAAGCCACUCCCCACAACCCCCUCUGCGGGGAGGCGCCCAGAGAAUGCCGAGUGCAGCAGCAGCAGCAGUAGCACAGAAUCGGACAGUGAGGAGGACGCGCCGGCCCCAGGGAGCACCACGCAGAAGGAGAGCAACUCCAAACCCCCCGGAAGGAAGGCCCUGGCCGCCACGCCCCAGAAGAAGCCCGAGGAGUCCCCGGAGAGCACUGAGGUGAUUAAACUCCCUCUGAUUUUUGUCGACCCUAAUCGUAGUCCAGCUGGCCCAGCAGCUGCCCCUGCGCGAGCCCAGGCUGCAGGCGGCCCACGGAAGGCCCGGGCCUCGGAGAGCACGGCCAGGAGCUCCUCCUCCGAGAGCGAGGAUGAGGACGUGAUCCCCGCCACGCAGUGCUCCACUCCCGCCAUUAGCCUCAGUGCGGUGAGUGGGCCCAUGGCCCUCCCAAGGAGCAGCCCCAAAGCCGCUCCUGCCGGGACCAGCAGCAACAAGACCUCCAGCCAGGGGAUGGAUGGCAAGAAGCAACAGGCGACAGGCACGCAGGUGACGAAGAAGAAGUCAGGCAGCCUCCCGCUGACCCAGGCCACCCUCAAGGUUCUCGCCCAGAAAACCAGUGAGGCGCAGUCUCCUGCCGCCAGGACCCCGCCUGCAGCUGGGGGGGGCACUGCUCCGAUGACCCACACCGCGACCACGUCCCAUGGAACCCCCACACAUGCCCGGGCCACCGCCAUUGCCUCAGCACCCACCAAAGCUGCCGACUCUGGGACCUCGGGUGACAGUGAAGACAGCUCUUCCGGGAGUGAGGAGAACCAGCAGCCCCGCCUGGAUGCAGGGUCCAGCAAGGAGACGGUGGUGGAGGAAACCUCGGCAGAGUCCAGCGAGGACGAGGAGCCAGAGCCCUCCCAGUCUCUCCUCUCAGGUUGCGUGACCCCUUUCCAGCCCGCCAAGGCCAUCCCCAGGCCGCACCCCAGUGCCUCGGGCGCCUCUGCUCCGGCCGCCAAAGAUGCUCCCCGCGGCAAGCAGGGCGGGGGGCCCCCACACGCAGCAGGCGUCACCUCCCCCGCAGCAGGCCACAGCAAGGCUGGCAGCAGUCCUCAGAAGCCCCCGAAGGAGGCUGUGAACCCCCAGGCCUCGGUGCUGGCCCUGCAGAGUGACAUUGCCCAGCGGCUCCUGAGCGAGCCGUGGCCGCUGAGCGAGGCGCAGGUACAGGCCUCGGUGGUGAAGGUCCUGGCCGAGCUGCUGGAGCAGGAGCGCAGGAAGGCCCUGGAGACCCCCAAGGACAGUAGCAGCAAGGGCCGUGCAGGCCACAAACGGAAACUGCAGGGGGACCAGUUGACCGCCAAGGCCCCAGAGAAGAAAAAGAAGCAGCUGGCAGCCCAGGAAGGUGGGGAGGGCACCGCCUCCCCGGAGAAGGCCCCCGCCACUUCCAGAGGGAAGCCCAAGAAAGACAGACCAAGUGGGGACUCAAAGAAGAAGAAGAAAAAGAAGGCGGGUCCCGGCUCCUGCGUGGCCACAGGGAAACCAGAAGGGACCCAGGGGCAGGUGGACAUCAAGGACAGCAACCUGAAGAACAAGAAGGACAAGUCCAGUAAGAAAAAAAAAGACAAGGAGAAAAGGGAAAAGAAAAAGAAAGCUAAGAAGGCCUCAACCAAAGACAGCGAUGUAUUAUUGCAGAAGAAAAAGAAGAAAAAGAAGAAGAAGGCAGAGGCGCCUGUGUGAGGAUACGAGCAGCAGGGACAGUUGCCAAGAGGUGCCCAGCCCCUGCCUCUGCCCUCCACCUGCCAUGAGUUGGAAUAUUGCAUUUGUAUCCGCCCCUCCCUCCGUCCUGUGUCCAUCCCGGCCCAGCCCAGGAGCCUGCAGGGAGGCUGGGCCAGGGCAAAGUGCUGGCUCCGGUGACCUCACUCACUCACGCCUGGCCCCGUCCUGACGGGCACUGAGUGUAGAUGUGUACAGUAGAUCUUAUUUUUUUAAGUGACCUGCCUCUUCUCCCUCCGUCCUGCAGGCCCAGUGGGUCGCACUGCAGCUUCUUCCCUGCCCGGCUCUCACCUCUUGUCAGUCUUUUACCCAGUUCUAUUCGUGUGUGUGUGUGUUUUU